ACUUCGGUAAACAUCGUCAUCUGUCGGUAUCUGAGACUCGGUCGGUCAAGGAUGGAGGAAGAGGCACGCAAGCUUCUCGAGGAGGGAAUAAGGAAGAAAUUGGUCAGUCCUGGUAAAGGAGAGCUAUCGACCUUUCCCAAUGGAACAAAGGUGGUCUUUCACUACCGCACCAGCCUGUGUGAUGGCACAGUGCUGGAUGACUCCAGAACCAUGGGGGGCCGCAGCAAACCCAUGGAGCUCAUCUUGGGCAAGAAGUUUAAACUGGCUGCGUGGGAGAGAGUGGUCAUCAGCAUGAAACAAGGCGAAAUUGCAGAAUUUACCUGUGACACUAAGCACACAGCACUGUACCCACUCGUGUCCCAGUCCCUAAGAAACAUCAGUGCUGGUAAGGACCCCCUGGAAGGCCAGAGGCAUUGCUGCGGUAUUGCCCAGAUCCACUCCCACCACUCUCUAGGACACAAGGACCUGGAUCAGCUUCAGGCCAGUCCACAGCCACUUGUGUUCAUCAUCGAGCUGCUGGAGGUUUUGCCUCCAGGAUCGUUCCAACUUGAUGUGUGGGCUAUGACAGAUGAAGAGAAACUGGAGCUUGUGCCUCAGAUCCAUGAGGAGGGCAACUUGCUUUUCAAACAGGGCAAAAUUAAGGAGGCCACAGAGAAGUACUACAAUGGCAUUGCCUGCCUCAAAAAUCUACAGAUGAAGGAGCACCCAGGAGAUGAAGUAUGGGUGAAGCUGGACCAUAUGAUCACGCCGCUGCUCCUCAACUACUGCCAGUGCAAGCUACUUGAGGGCCAGUAUUAUGAAGUCAUCGAACACUGCUCAUCUAUAGUCUUCAAGUAUGAGGACAAUGUGAAAGCCUUCUACAAGCGGGCUAAGGCCCACGCUGCAGUGUGGAAUGAGGUAGAGGCACGGGCGGACUUUAAUAAGGUGUUGGAGCUGGACCCCUCUCUGGGACCCUCUGUUGCUAAGGAGCUGAAAGUCAUGGAGGACAGGAUCCGCACCAAAGAGAAGGAGGAAAAGGGUCGCUACAAAGGCCUCUUCAACUACAACGCACCAGCAGCCACUGCCACCACAGGUUGAAUGUCUCAGUGAGUUGAAACAAGAGGACGCCUGUGAAUUUCAAGAUGGAGGAGAAACUGUAGACACUGCUGGUGUUUUAGUUUUUAUAAACGCACCCAAGCCCUCCAUGGUAUAAGCAGAAUUAUUCUCAUACACACAAAGUCUCACAUAUAUACCAAGGUGCAAUUUGCAUUCCUGCCUUAUUCCUCCAAGCCCACUCUCUCUUAAAGGUAGUUCAGUUUUGAAGAGGACAUGCUGACAUUGUCACCCUGACUUCAGUAAAGGUCUAAAAUCCCAUCAUAACCUUUUGGUAUUCAUGUCCUGGCCAACAACAUCAUUAUUUCAGAGCAUCAUUGCUUUCAGUCUGAGGGCGCUCUUACUUUUUACUUCAGAAAUGUUACACUCUUGGUAGAUAACUUACUGACAAUAAUUGGCUACGUUACCCUGGGCAACAUUUUUCAAAGAAUUUGCUGCAGAGAUUUUUUUUUUUUUUAAUUAAAUUAUGCAUUUAUCAACUGUUUGUGGAAAGUCAUUGUAUAGCAAUUUAUAUAGAAAACACUUUUUCCACAGUGUUAGAAAUACAUAGUUAAAGUAUUUUAUGCUGUCUUUCUCUGAAAUAUGAGCAGAGCUGUUGGAUAAUCCUAAAAUUAUUCAUAAUUGCAGCCCAAGAAAGAGUAAUUUCAGUGUAUUACAGAGAGAACUGCUCUCCCUUCAGAAAACCAAGGAAUACUUUUUUUUUUUCACGAGACAUCAUGUACUCACAUCUUCAAAUCUGCCUCGCACCGACCGACCCCCUCUUCUAUCCUAGUCACAGUGAAAGCACUGAGAUAAGCAGGAGAUCCUUAUCUCCUGGUUGAUGUGACUGAGAAACCGAGCUGUCUGUGACAAUCAUUAUAUAACACACAUGGACUUGUGUUAUCUUUGCUUUCUUCUAUUUUAUUAUUGCAUAUAUGUCUGAAAUAUACCAUUGUUUUGUUUUUGUUGAGAUGUACUCAGCAAAGCCCUCACUGUCUCCUUCACUAGCUUAGAAAGAGAACUCCGCACUCGUCAUGUGAGGCAGCGGGUCGUUGGCCCGACCUGUCGAAAGUGAGAGGUGAUUGAGGUUGUGAUUAUGUAACUGAAAAUAAAUGUGUUUAUCUCUG